AUGUCGGAAAAAGAUAUCGCCAGGCAAGUAUUACGUGGCUACAUAGACAGAGAAAUCGACUUGGAAAACCAACUAAAAGAGAUAUUGAACAGGCGCAAAACGGCGGUGGUGGAAGAAGGAGACUUUUUUAAAAUCCGCCGAGAACAGAUGGAGAAACAAAAGAAAAUCGCAAAAAAAAGGAACGAAACGUUUUUAAAAGAUCUCGAACACACAACUGCGAAAUUGAGAGCAUCUCUCGCUUGCGACGACCUCACCGACAAAAAGUUGAACAACGAACGCAAAAAGUUUUCAGAUUAUGUCAAACAGACACGGCGAGGACAAUCUGUUUAA